CUUCCCGAGCCGCGUGUGCCGCCCCGCCGCCAUGGAGGCGAUGGCUCGGGGGCGGCGGGGGCUGCGGGAGCCGGAGCCGGGAGAACCGGAGCGUAAGCGAGUGUGCAAGCCCUUAGAAGCCAUUCCAAAUGAAGUUGAUGCUCACCUCAUUGACUGUGCUAUGGAGCUGGAUUCUAAACAGAAAGUCUCCUCUGGCUGUGGUCCUUGGGCUACAAAGACAAAGCAAAACUCUAUGAUUUUUGAAAACCAAGGAAGCAGAGGUACUGCCCAGCCUUGCCCAAGAUGCAUUGCUGGAGAAUCUGGACACUUCAGUCACAUCCUGGGCUGCUAGAGAUGGACAGACAGCAGACAAGCAGCACUGCUUCCCUUGCUGGGGUCUAGAAAUGCACCUGUGAGCAGCGUACAGCUGGAGUACGUUCACUCGUGGCAGAUGUUCAGCAUGCUGCUCUGUGUGUCACUCCUCCAUAACGCCGUUUGAUGCCACCGUUUUUACACUUGAAAAAAUGCUUUUGUACUUAAGGUAUCUCAUAUGUAUGAAAAAACAUGUUUCUCAUUUAA